AAGAAGAAGAUGAGGAAAGGUUAGGUAGAAAACGAGAAGCACGCACGCACGCAAGGGGUGGUCAGGCAGGCAUCAUAAUAAGCUCACUCACUUAGGCUAAGAAUCUGCAGAGAAAAGCCAAAUGGAUUAAGCUGCGCGAUUAAGAAGGUCUUUCCUGUUCGAUUCCGUUAAAGAUAAAAUCGAUGGAUUCGCAGAUGCUCGUGGCGCUUGGACUCUCCCUUGUGGGUGGAUUAAGUACUUCUUUAGGUGCGCUUUUCGUAGUUCUUAGUGAGACUCCCAAUAUGAAGAUGCUUGGACUUCUUCAGGGUUUUGCGGCAGGUCUGAUGUUGAGCAUAUCCUUCCUGGAUUUGGCUCAUAAUGCUAUAAACUCUAUUGGCUUCUUAAAAGGCAAUCUCUGGUUUUUUGGUGGUGUGAUAUUCUUUGCGUGUAUUGCCAAAUUCAUCCCGGAACCAACACUUGCUCCUUCUACUGACGGGAAAAGAAGAAAGAAAAACGGAGACGAGGGAGGUAAGGACAUGGUGAAGAAGCAUCGUCGUCAAGUCUUAUACAGUGGAAUUGUUACAGCUAUUGGAAUAAGCUUGCACAAUUUCCCAGAAGGGAUGGCCGUAUUUCUCGGAUCAAUUAAGGGCAUGCGAGUUGGUGUUAAUCUGGCUUUGGCAAUCGCUUUACACAACAUUCCUGAGGGUGUUGCGGUUGCUCUUCCUAUAUAUUUUGCAACAGAGAGCAAAUGGCAGGCAUUCAAAUUGGCAACACUCUCUGGUCUAGCUGAGCCUCUAGGUGUCAUUAUCGUGGCUUAUCUAUUUCCGAGCAGCUUGAGUCCAGAAAUCCUUGAAGGCUUGUUGGGAGCAGUUGGUGGAAUCAUGGCAUUCCUAACUUUGCACGAAAUGCUUCCUUUAGCAUUUGAUUAUGCUGGACAGAAACAAGCUGUGAAGGCUGUGUUUGUCGGUAUGGCUUGUAUGUCUGCAAGUCUUUACUUUCUGGAGCUGAGCUUGCCUGAGUCAAUGAGCUAGUAGUUUAAAUUAUGUCAUGUCUGCAAUAAUUACCUCAAAGACAGAAAUGAGUCUCUGGACUAUAGUCUCAUUCUAUCUGUGAAAACAAUAGGAUCUGUAAACAGUUGAGUAUUCGUUUUUAAUUCAAAAGGAAUAAUAUCUUUUU